CUGAUAUUGUUGUUGUAAUGAAUAUCUACAUGAUGGGUACAUGAUUGUUUAUGGAGUGUUCUGUUGGUCUAGAUCACCAGUCGUAAUACACUGGACUCAUGAUUGCUUCAGCAUGAUAACUCGAUUUGUAGAGUGUCUGUCAUCAUACUAGACUCGGCUUGUCACUCCGUGCACCUAACUUGUCAAGUUGUUGUCUUGAUGGCUGUGUUGGUGCAGCUCUGAAAUGAAGGCUAGACAAGUGAGCGUGUGGAUGCUGACCAUGAUGGGGCGGUGCUGCUCCGUCAAGAGAUGCUCCUUCCUCAAGCUGAUGGCCCUCUUUGUCUCAGCCUUUCUCACGUGGACCAUCGUGGUCUUGAUGAACGCCUCAGGUGUGGCGCGCGUCCUCAGAAGUUCCGUCUAUGACGACCAGUUGGCCCAGCCCAGCGACCUGAGCGCCCUCUAUGACGAGAGUGACCUGGCUCAGGAGGAGAGUCUGGACGGUUACUUCAUGCGUGACAACCCCCUCGGGACUUACUUCAGCGAGAGGCUGCGUGCCUACGCCGCAUCUGGGGGCCCCGGGGCGUCCAACAAAAAACCGCUGAAGAAAGUCCUGGUCCUUGUGCGAGACACGGAGUCCUCGCAUGUCGGGGUCCUGGGCCAGUUCUUUGAGCAGUUGCGGCUGGAGUACAGGAUCGUGUCGGUGGACGAGGACAUGCCGACACUCGUGCUGGAGCCUGAGCUGCCUCAGUAUGCCGUGCUCGUCUUUGGCGACUACUUGUCUUAUCUCAAGAUGGCGCCGGCACGCAGGAACGUUCUAGAAGAAUACUGCAAGAAAUAUAAAGUUGGCAUUCUAGCCUUUACGUUGUCUAAAGGCAAGGGAUACAAGCUGGUGACUGAGUUUGGAUUAGAGAUGCAUCAUGGGUACAAGUUAAAGCAGUACAAAUUAAACCCACGAGUUGAAUUUUGGCGGGUAGCAAAGAAAGAGGCGGUCUUUGAUGAAAGUUUGCCAUCUUCUGAUUGGACGCUAUUUAUAACUAAGCAUGAGACGUACAGACCAUUGGUCUACUCAACAGUUGACGAGUCCGUGAAAUCUGGGACGUCAGAGUUUGGUUGCGUCAUAGCCGUACACGAUCAAGGUCUUCUAGACGGCAUAGAGCGACUUAUCCUGGGCUCUGACUUGACCUUCUGGAUGAACGUCAUCGUGGCCAUGGACGGUUUGACCCACCUAACAGAUGGACGGUUGGCGCUACCACUGGACCGUCUCAUUCAGGUGGACGUGGACGACAUGUUUGUUGGGCAGUCUGGGAUCCGAACCCUCACACAGGACGCACAGGAGAUGUUGGCAAGUCAGAAGCGGAUUGGUCAAUAUAUUCCCAACUUUCGAUACAAGCUCGGCUAUUCUGGUGGCAUGUACGCCAAAGGUAGUGACAGAGAAAUCGAAGGGGACAGAAAGAUUGUAGAACUGGCAGAGAACUUUGACUGGUUUAACCACAUGUAUCGCCAUGAGCAGCCUCACAUACUGAACAGGUCGUCUUUUGAAUCUUCCAUGGAGAGUAACAUCAAUUUUGCUAUGGAAAACGGCAUGCACGUGCAGAGUGAGUAUAUGGUCACACCUCACCACUCAGGUGUGUUUCCUGUACUAGACUUUGUGUAUGACACCUGGAAGGAGAAAGGUGUUUUAUGUACAAGUACAGAGCAGUACCCCAGACCCUUGCCACAAUGGGGACGUAGGGGGUUCAUAUAUAAAGGUAUUAUGGUUGUACCGCGUCAGACUUGUCGCUUGUACACACGAACUGUCAAGUUUGAGAACUAUCCUGGUGGAAAAGCAGAGCUUGACAGUAGCAUCAGGGGAGGCCACCUCUUUAACAUUAUACUUAGCACCCCAGUGAUGAUUUUUAUGACGCACAUGUCCAACUAUGCAAAUGACCGUGUGGCCAUCUACGCGUUUGAAAGAGUGUUUGAGUUUGUGUUGAAGUGGACGAACCUGCGCCUGUUGUCCCCUCCCCCGCUGGAGAUUGCCAGAAGAUAUUUCGCCAUGUACCCGCAAGAAAUGGAUCCCGUUUGGACGAACCCCUGUGUGUUCAACAAGCACCUGGAGAUCUGGCCCCACAACAAAACCUGCAACAGACUACCCAAGUUUAUCAUCGUGGGACCACAAAAAACCGGAACCACUGCCCUGCUGCGGUUUCUUGAAGUCCAUCCCCUUAUGAAGACCAGCACACCGGACCCUGAACACUUCGAGGAAAUUCAGUUCUUCGGUUCAAACAAUUAUCUUAAAGGCAUUGACUGGUACCAGGAACAUUUCCCAGAACCUAACGACCCACGAAUCUGGUUGUUUGAAAAAAGUGCCAACUACUUCGACAGCGCACUAACACCAAAGCGAGUAUAUGCCCUGCUGCCAGAUGCAAAGAUCAUUGUUCUAGUUAGUGAUCCAGCAAAGCGAGCCUACUCGUGGUAUUAUCACUUACGCUCACACAGUGAUCCCGUUGCCAUGAAUUACACAUUUUUUGAGGUUGUGUCGGCCCCGGAAACGUCUCCCCGUUUUCUCAAAGCCACAAGAAACAGAUGCUUACAGCCAGGAAUGUACGCCGUACACCUGGCCAGGUGGUUGCAGUUUUUUCCUAAGGAACAGAUAUACAUCAUUGACGCUGAUCAACUUGCUAAUGAUCCAGUUUCUGUGCUCCAUGACCUACAAGGAUUUCUCAAAGUGCAGCCAGUGUUAGACUAUUCCACCAAACUUAGGUAUGACAAGGUCAAGGGAUUUUUCUGCCUGAAAGACUCAGGAUGUUUGAAUUCAAAUAAAGGCAGAGUUUACCCAGCCAUGGACCUAGAGUCUCACACAGUUCUUCAAACUUUCUACAGAGACCACAACAACAACCUAAAGACAUUGUUCAAUGAUAUAAAGCAGCCCCAUCCACAAUGGCUGAUAAACAAUAUAGACUGAAUCAUUUACUUUACCAAUAAUGUUCAUGUUAUUCAUUUUGUCUACAUCUUAAAUUUUAUUUAUUUUUCCUAAUGUUAUGCUAAUAUGUGUGUUAAGUUUUAUUCCUUUAACCUAGUAUGUCAGUCUGGGAAAAAUAAUCCAUCAAGUGGCAUGACAAAGUGAGUGAUGAUCCACACACUUUAUAGCCAACCACCCAUGGUGUGAUUCAGUAUGAAUGCUCUCAUUACUCACAAGAAUGAAUGCAUACUGUAUGUAGCUAGAGCAAAGCAACUGUUUCAUAAUAUCAAUGCACAACAGAGCAAUGACAUUUUUAAUUAAAAUUAGUACAAGAGGUAAACUAGCAAAAUGUUACAAAAAAGUUUAAGAAAUCUGGUCAUUGGGUAGUUAUUUAAUACCCACCAAGGAUAGACUCUCUCUUGCCAUUGUAAGUAAACUGUAUUGGUGUGUCUUCAGAUUUUAAUGUUGUUUUUCUAUGACUUAUCAUUAAUUAUUAUAGUAUCAAACAGUAAAUAAAUUGUAAUAGUUGUUU